UGGAAAAACAUAUGAUUCAGAAGUUGAGGACUCAUCUUCUCUUCUUAUCACAAGUAAAGACUUUGUAUUGCAAUAUUGCUAUGUACUGUCUCAUACUUUACUCUCUCUUCAUGAAAGCCUUUGUUCUUGAUCUAAGCCAAAGCCCAAGAAAACAGCUUCUAUGCUGAAACAGCUAGCGUUACGCUGAUUGUUUUCAUUCAUCCUACUGAUUCUGGUCAACAACAGUUCGAAGGUGAGUAGGAAUUGAAGAGAAACUGAAUCUAUUGAUCAUAAGCCAAUAUAAAGUUUAUAUUAUAAACCAAAAGAUCAGAAGAAUUGCAGCACAAAACUACAAGGACAGCCACCACCUAGCUUAUUCCAAAGGAACACUUGAGACAUAGAAAGAGGGAGACAAUUACACCAAACAAUUCCAUUGGGAGAAGCAUAUCCUAAAAUCAUAAUUCCACUUGUUACAAAAUUCAUAAGUCAUAUACAAACCGAAGAGAUAAGGGAUAAUUAUACUUUGUACAUAGAUACUUUGUCCUUAGAAGUUUGAAGAGUGGGUAUCUAUGUACUUAAUUCUCCUCUUUCGUGCCAAGUGCUUUAUUCUCUGGGCGUAAAUAGAGAGAUAAGCAUCAAUCAUGGCAUUUCUUAUUGAUAUUGGAACUGGAAUUGUUGCAAAAAUUGCGGAGUACACGGUUGCACCAGUUGGGCGCCAAGUGGGCUAUCUAAUUUUUUACAACCGCAACCUCAAAAACCUAGAUAGUCAACUGAGCGACUUAAUUGCCGUGAGACAAGAUGUGGAGCAGAAGAUUGGAGAAGAGAAGAGAAAUAAUAGAGAAGCGGAAGUCCAUGUCAGCAAAUGGGUGAUAGAUGCCAAGAGCAUCACAAAAGAGGCAAACAAUAUCUUGAAUGAAGGACAUAAAGCAAAGGUGAAGUGUCUAUGUGGAUUAUGUCCUAAUCUAAUGCUUCGUCACAAGUUAAGUCGAAAAUCAACAAAAUUGGUUCCCGACAUUGCUGACCUCUAUGCAAAAAUUGAUGUUAAAACUUUUGCACAUGCUACCACCCCACAAGAUGUACCCACCAAAGAUUAUGAGGCCUUUAGAUCAAGGACUUUAUUGGUGGACCAAAUAAUGGAUGUAUUGGGUAGUCCAAAUAUUGACAUGAUAGGAGUGUACGGGUUUGGUGGUGUGGGAAAGACCACACUUGUCAAAGAAGUUUCCCGGCAAGCUACAGAAGACAAGACAUUAUUUGAUGAUGUUGCUAUGAUACUGGAUGUAAAACAAAAUCCAAGCAUCCCAAGAAUUCAAAAAGAAAUUGCUGAGAAGUUAGGUCUUGACCUUCCUGAAAAUGAGACUGUUGCUGCAAGAGCACGCCGUCUAUUUAGCAGGAUAAAAGAUCAAAAGACUCUCGUAAUUUUAGAUGAUGUGUGGGAAAGAAUUGAUUUGGAAGCUGUGGGACUUUCUGGUGUGGCUACUUGUAAAGUAUUGCUGACAUCAAGAAUGCGAGAAGUAUUAUCUCGUGAGAUGCAUACACAAAAAGAGUUUCCGCUUGAUCUUUUAGGGGAAGAAGAAACAUGGAAUUUGUUCAAGAAGAAGGCAGGUGAUGGUAUUAAAGAUCCUGCCAUAAAAACUAUAGCAACCAAAGUAGCCAAAAGAUGUGGAGGUUUGCCAGUUUUGGUUGUCACUGUUGCCAGUGCCUUGAAAAAUAGUACAUUACAUGAAUGGAAAGAUGCGUUGAGACGUUUGAAAAGGUUUGACAAAGAAGAAUUCACAGAAAAGACAUACUUGGCCCUAGAAUGGAGUUAUAGUCAGUUAAAUGAUGAUGAGCUUAAGCCAUUAUUCUUGCUCUGUGGAUUUUAUACUCUUUCUCCAAAAACUAUCCAUAUCCAAUACCUAUUCAAAUAUGGCAUUGGUUUGGGUUUGUUUAAAAACCUCAAUACACUGGGAGAAGCAUGGGAUGCAUUAAAUUCACAGCUUGAGAAACUGAAGAAUUCUUGUCUAGUGCUUGACCAUGAAGAUAGUGGGUGUGUCAAAAUGCAUGAUCUUGUGCAUGAUGUUGCUAAACGUAUUUCAUCAAGGGAUAAGCAAGUGUUGAAAAUAAGUGGUGGAGAUGAGUUGAAAGAAUGGCCAGACUGUGAAAAGUGCACUAUGAUCUCUCUCCAAAUGCUUAAUAUCCCUAAAUUUCCUGAAGUUUUGCAAUGUAAAGAACUAAAGUUGUUUCAUCUUUACAAUAUUGCUGAGGAUUACUCCCUGGAAAUCCCGUGCAACUUUUUUAAAGAAACGACAGAACUCGGAGUGUUGGAUUUAACUUGUCUGAGUAUCCCAUCACUACCUCAAUCUCUUCAGUUCCUAAAAAAUCUAAAGACAUUGUGUUUAGACGCCUGCAUCUUGGGAGACAUUGCUCUAAUUGGCCAGCUACAUAACUUAGAAGUGCUUAGCUUUCUAGACUCCAAGUUUAAAGAGUUGCCCAAAGAAAUAGGGCAAUUGACUCAUCUACGAUCGUUGGAUUUGACCAAUUGCUCUCAACUGGAACUAAUUGAACCUAAUGUUAUAUCAAGAUUGAAAAGACUAGAAGAACUGAGGAUGGGAAAUAGCUUUAACGGAUGGGAGGCUGAAGGAGUCAUCAGUACUGAGAAAAAUAGUGCAAGCCUUUCAGAGCUCAAGCACUUGUCUAAGCUAAGCGUCUUGGAUAUACAUAUCUUGGAUGCUAAUAUUCUUCCAACAGAUUUGUUCUCCAAUGCAUUGGAAAGGUACCAAAUAUAUAUUGGUGCUACAUGGAACUGGGAUGAUGCUGAUGCUAACCUCAACACAUUGAAAAUCGAGCUCACUGCUACCAGCAAUGAACUGUACCAAUCUGGUUUAAAUAUGUUGUUGAAAAGAACUGACGAGUUACACUUACAUGGGAUGGAGACUGAUAAUAAUACUACCUAUCAAUUAGAUGGCGAAGGAUUUCAGCAACUGAAACAUCUCCAUGUCCACAAUGCUGAUUUUAGACAUAUCAUUAAUGGGAAGGGUGUUUUUCCCAACUUAAAAAGGUUGGUGGUGAGUGACCUAGAUGGUUCGAGAUUUUUGUUAUCAUCUUCCAUGGCUAGAAGUCUUGUACAACUCACACAUCUUCAGAUAUCUGGAUGUCAAACCAUGGAAGAGAUAGUAUCAACAAACGAAUCUAAUGAAAAGCAUAUGAAGGACAUGUUUUCUAAGCUACAACAUUUGGAGCUAAAAGAUCUUCCAAUCCUCACAAGAUUCUGCUCAAGAAGUUAUAUUGGAUUUCCAUCCUCGGGGAUUUUUCAAUUAGAGAGCUACAAUGAAAUUGAAGAAAGGGACUCAACAGAAAACCUUGAGACUGCUUUGUUUGACGAAAAGGUAGUAUUUCCAAGCUUGAAGAGAUUGUUCAUCAAUGGCUUGACCAGGUUAAUGACACUAUGGCACAACCAACUUUCUCCAGAGAGUUUCAAAAAUCUAGAGAUAGUAGACGUUUGUUUGUGUCAGAGUUUGAAAAGUGUUUUUCCAUCCUCAAUGGUUAGAAGUCUAAAGCAGUUAAUGCAUUUGAAAGUGAUUAACUGCGGAGUGGAGGAAAUCAUUGCAAAUGAAGAUGGACUACAAACAGCACAGGAGUUUGUAUUCCCAAAAGCAAACUCUGUCUUUUUUCGGGAUUUGCCACAUUUGAGGUGUUUCUAUCCUGGAAUGCAUAUUUCCUGGUGGCCGUCACUUGAAGACUUGGGGGUAUAUGGUUGCAGUAAAGUGGUGAUUUUGGCCCAAGAGUGUUCAAGCUUUGAGAGAAACUACGAGUCGAGGAGUCUUACACCAACUAACCAAGCUCUCUUGGUAAUUAAGAAGGAUUCAUUCCCCAACUUGAAAGUAGUGGGCAUGUCCGGUAUGGAGAUUUGGGAUGGUCCAUUCCCAGUAAAGUUCUUUAACAAACUAGAAUUUCUUCGACUUGGUAAUAAACAGUCCGAGUCUACUGCUGUACUUGAGAAGUUCCUUGAUCCCGAUAAACUCAGUAUAACGAGGUCUGCUCCUUCCAAUGAAAUAUAUUUCCAUGAGAAAAGCAGUGGUGGAGAUAUAAAUGCAGUUGGGACCCUCUCUCAUUUAAGUGAGUUAUGGCUUUGGGGCAUGUGGAAGCUGAAGCAUUUAGGGGAAGAUAACUCCCAAAUAGAAGGUCAAAAUUUUCCGAACCUGAAAAUUCUAUGGAUAAGUGGUUGUAACAGCUUAAGGAAUCUAAGAUCAUCAGCUAUAUCCUUCAAGAAUCUGACAAAAUUGCAAGUCACUGGUUGUCGGAGAUUGGAAUACUUGUUAACUUACUCGAUAGGUAAAAGUUUCAUGCAACUCACAUGCCUGAUAGUUGAGGAUUGUGCAAGACUGGUAGAAAUAGUGGGUAGCACAGAAGAAGAUAAUGAUUCAGGAAAUGAGAUUGUAUUUAGCAAGUUGAAAUAUCUGAAACUUUCUAACCUUCCAAGAUUGCAAGGCUUUCGCUCUGGAGAUUGGAUUGUCAGAUUCCCAUCUUUGGAAACUUUAAUCAUAAGCAAACGCCUCAAGCUGAAGAUUUUUCAUAACGAUGAAACGCUACAGGUGACAGAAGAAGAGGUUGACACAGACGUUGAAGCUGAUGAUGGUGCAACGGUAAUAAAGGAAAAGAUCGACAUAGAUACUGGUGGUGCUGAUGGUGAACCAAUUGAUGAAACUACACAGGUUGACGCAAAUGUUGAUGAAUCGUGCUCGGAGAUGCCGCCAUUGCUCAUCGAAUCCGGUGCGACAGAAGUCCAGAACGCACACCUGUUUGAGAGGAAGACUGUGCGCUUAAUGUGUGUACUAUUGUCAGUGUGCGUGCUACUGUUGGUGUUCGGGACUUACAUGCGUGAUUUGCUUGUUUAAGCAUUUCGCUUGGUCGUUCCAAGUAGCUCUUGUUGAUUCAUGUGCGUGUGCCUUGUGAUAUUAGUAUGAGAGCUUUACUUUCUGAUAGCAAAGAAAAGAAAGUGUGCUUUUCAUUGGAGAUCGAUCUCAUACCGGCAGUUGUGGAAAUUUUGAUUUCCUCUCUUAGUUGUUGGAUAAUUUAAUUCUACACAUCUUGUAACUAGAAAUCUAUACACCAUCAACUGAGUAUUCUUGAGUCAUGUAAUAAGAUGGUAAUUAAGAGUGAGUGCAAGGAUUAGACACUUGAGCAUUUUAAGUUGUUAUAUUUUCUUCACAAACCUUGGGAGGUAGGUCAAUCUGGAUCAACAGCUUCAGGAUUUUGUGUAUGCUUGUUACAAUAACUUUGUUUUCCCUUGUUUAUCUCAAUCACAGUCACAUACUGCCUAUUU